CGUAGUCUAUAUAUAAGAUAAACAAAUCCGUUUGGCUAGACUCAAUAUCUAUCAUGAUUUAAACCUAUCUCGUUGUAGGCCUAUUUCAAUUCAUAUACAAUUGAUAUAAACAUACUCUUCCAAAGUCCGGAUAUUUUCUAUUUUCUAACCUAUCUAGAUAAAUUAAAGACAGCUCUAAUAUAAUCUGCAAUCUCAAUGGAGCUUGGUAGUACAUUUGUCUAUCUCGGCAAUGAUGCCGAAGAUGAAGAAGAGAUCCAAAUAUCUGAAGUAAACAACAUUGCUAUUUCUGACAGUGAUUCAGAUACUAAUGAUGAUGAUAAUCAGACAUGUCUCCUUGAUAUCCUGGACACAGCUGGACAAGAAGAGUACUCAGCACUUAGGGACCAGUAUGUGCAAUCAGGAAAUGGUUUUCUCAUUAUAUAUAGCAUUACCGACAGAGAGAGUCUCAAAGAAGCUGAAACUAUUUACAACUGGCUAAAGAGAGUGAAGUCAGACACUCCUUAUGCUAUCCUUGUAGCUAAUAAACAAGAUAUGAUAUCCGAAGCUAUAGUGACAUCACAAGAAGGGAAAGAUCUUGCUACUAGAUUAGGCAUUCCAUUUUAUGAGACAUCAGCCAAAACUGGAACUGAUGUUACAGAAGCAUUUUCUGGCCUUAUUAGAACUAUCCCCAGAGUUAGCUCUGAAUACAAGAUUGUGAUGCUUGGAGCAGGAGCUGUGGGAAAGUCUUGCCUUACUGUCAGAUUUGUCAGUAAUGUUUUUGUUGAUGAAUAUGAUCCAACAAUUGAAGACUCAUAUCGCAAAAUGAUAACUGUUUCUGGACUAAAGCCCCUGAGCAAAGAUGAAAGAAAGAAGUUGAAAAUGAAAAAGAAACAAAGUUCUGUCGCUGAUACUGAAAAUAACAUGUCUAGAAAUUCAAAGUCUAUUGAAGCGUUUAGAACUUUAAAAAAAUUGUUUAGACCUCCUUCAAAACCUCCUCCAAGAUUUAAAGAUGACCAUUUGCCACCAAGGUUUUCAAAUAGGCCUACUGCUAACGGUCUGCUGGAUUCCGACAGAGUUAAAAAGAUAAAAGAGAGAAAAACUGAUGGAAAUGUGAUAUUGAUUCCUUUUAAAAACCUGGCUGAUGACUUGCAACUAGUGACAGGGGACCCAGUCAAGUGUGGUCAGUGCAAAGCUGUACUUACAUCCACAGCCAGACUUGAACAUGAAGGAGAUGCCACAAUUUGGAAUUGUGAAUUCUGUCAUCAUAAAAACACUGACCUUGACAUUUCUGAGGAAGAAAUCCCGAAAGGAGACGUUAUAGACUUUAUGUUAUCCCCUGCUACCAAAACCUCUGCAGAAAGUGAAAAUACUGCAAGCGAUGAGUUGGCAUUAAAGAAAGGAACAUCGGAAGGUGUUAUUGUUUAUUGUAUGGAUAUAAGUUCAUCUAUGGAAGCUACUUGUCAUAUACCAGAAUCUCAAGCUGCCUGGAGAGAAGAAAGAGCCCAGGGGUCAGGGCCUGUUACCAGGGUCACCAGAAUAAGCUGCAUUAAAAGAGCCAUACAAAGACUUGCUGAGCAAUUGAAACUGGAGCAGCCAGACAAGCAUGUAUUACUUUCAGUGUUCAGCUCUGACUAUUACAUCAAAGGAGGCGGUGCUACAGAAAAUCUCCCUGAAUGUCAAGCUUUGGGAAAUAAGACAUUUGAUGAGCUUUUGCAAAUGGGAUUAAAUCUCUCUGCUAGUUAUCCAUUAUUGGACAUCGAACAUUCCCAUGAGUUUAUAGAUGCAGCAGUGAAAGGUUUAGUAACUACUGGAUGCACAGCACUUGGUCCAGCACUGUCCAUAUGCACUGGAUUUGUGAGUAAAAUUCCGGGAUCAGAAAUUGUGCUGUGCACUGAUGGUGAACCCAAUGUUGGUGUUGGUUCAUUAAAUGGUAAUCAAAAUGGUGACUUUUAUAGAAUGAUUGGUAACUACGCCAGAUCAAAAGAUAUAACUAUUAAUAUUUUAGCAGUUGGAGAAGACUCAGUAGGACUGCAUCACGUCAGCGCAGCGGCUGAACUUACAGGGGGAACAACUAAUAAAUUAAAUCCUGUAGAAAUUAUUCGCCAGUUGAGGCUGAUAGCACAAAAUGAGGUUGUGGCCACCACAGUGACUGUAAGAUUGUUUUUGCAACCAGAAUUUGUAUUUGAUGAGCCUGAUUAUGGAGAGAACUUGAACACACUUGAAAAAGAGGUGGGUACUGCCAGGAAAGAAGCCAAUCUGACGUUCAGGUUCAAACUGAAGGAUGCCACACAAGCCAAAAAUUUGAACUCCGUGCCAUUUCAGGCUCAAAUUUGUUACACACGUAAAGAUGGAAUGCGCUGUUUGAGAGUUUUGAGUAAACAGACAGAAGCAACUAGUGAUAGACAAACCAUGGAACAGAACAUCAACAUUGCUGUAAUGGGUGUGUCGGCUAUGAAGACUACAGCUAAAUUGGCCAACGCAGGAAAAAAUAUUGAUGCUCAACACCACCUUAAAAAUGUGAAACGUUUAGUUCAUCGUGGAGCAGUAACAGCUGACAAGCAAGAGCAGACAUUAGCAUUUCGCUCUGAGAUUGCAACUUUGGAGAAAGGCUUAUUAGAAGAUUUAAGUUGUAAUGGAGACAAUGCUACUAUUGCAACGAGUGACUUGAAAACUAAAAUGUUACAAACUGCCUACAAUACCAGAACCACUAGAUUUGCUUCUAACAGUGUGAAGGCCAGAGGUCAUUUUAAAGUCAUGUCUUCUGCUCAAAAGCUAAGCUACUAUGACUAUAAAGAUGAUGAAUAAAUAAUUGUGUGCCUUUCAUUAUUUACUUUGCUAUUUGUACAGCCAAAAAGUGUCUUUUUAAAAUUAUUUUCAACUAGGUACUUACCAGUUGUACCUGACGUCAAAGUAGAAGGUUCUCAUAAGGUUUCAUAUAUCCUUGAAUAUAUUUAAAACUAAACCUGCCUUUUGGGUUGAAAACAUAAACAUAACAAGUAACAUGAAAAAAAAAAUAAUUUUUUUUUUUUAAAUCGAUGAACUUGAGGGUGGUCUAUAAUUUUUUAUUCUAUAUAUAUUUUUUAGAAUACAUUUGCUUCAUUAUUGUAAAUCGUCUUUACAGUUAGCUAUACAUAGUCAAGUUCUUUUGUUAUUAACUGUUCAGCUAAUGAGACAUUACAUAAAAUGUUAAUGUAUGUCUGUUUAUUUACUGAAUGCAAAGAAACAUUACAAAGAAAAAUUAAAAUGAUCAACCAGAGUUUUCAUUGUUUCGCUAAUAUGAUAGCUAUAAUUUUCACAAAGAUAUAAUAUAAACUGUCAAAUUACUAGGGAAAUCAUUAGAGCCAUUUUCAUAAUACCUAAAGGUGUGGUGGCUUAGCGGUAAAGCGCUUUUCUUCCGAACCAGGGGUCCUGGGAUCAAAUCCUGGUGAAGACUGGGAUUUUUAAUUUCAGGAUCUUUGGGCGCCUCUGAGUCCACCCAGCUCUAAUGAAUACCUGACAUUAGUUGGGGAAAAGUAAAAGCGGUUGGUCGUUGUGCUGGCCACAUAACACCCUCGUUAACGGUAGGCCUCAGAAAUAGAUGACAUUUACGUCAUCUGCCCUAUAGACCACAAGGUCUGAAAGGGGAACUUUACUUUUACUUUUUUAUAUAUCCACUAGUGUCCUAUUUCCAGUUUUUACUUUUUGAACCAAUGAAGAGUUUGUAAGCUAAUAGGAGGAAAAAUACAAUAAACACAUUGUUUCUCUGAAGUACAUUUCAAAUGUUAUUGGUUGCUUUCUUUUUUGUAUGCUGACCUCCGUUUUGAUAUUUGCUUUUAACAUUUGUUUUUUAUUCAUCUUUUUUUUUUAUAUUAAUGUUGCAAAGUUCCGUAUAUAAAAGUUUCCCUGAUGAAACCUUCGACCGAGCUGUGUAUUUUUUUUUUAUUAAAAAUAUGUGUUCAAAUACAUGGAAUUGUUUCUUUUAUGUAAAUAUUUUAUUGUUUUACUAAAAAAAAAACAAUGAUUUUGAGUUGCUUAUUUUUAAAAUGAAUUGUUCAAAUGUUUAUCAUUGUUUAUCUACAUUUUUGAUGCAUAAAUGAAAUAUUUUAUACAAACCAGUAUAUACAUGAAACUGUGAAAUUAGUAUAAAUGCCUUUAUUUUAUAUAAAAAAUGUACUAAAAGAGACAUGAUUUUUCAUCCUUUUAUAUUUUUUAUCACUUUUUCAUGUUUUUGAAGAACUUAAUGAAUACAAAUUAAAUGUGUAAUAUUUAUUGAUUAUUUGGUCUUUCUAUUUAAAUAUGCAACUUAUUAGAUAAAUAAAUAAAUACUUGUAUUUUUCUUUAAUGUACAAUAAAACAAAAAUAUAAAAUAUUAAACUUCAUUAUAUAGAAGCUUUCAGUCAUUGCAUGAUUUUAUCUGCUUAGCAAAAAGAACUAAUUAUGAAUUUUGUAAUAAACAUAAGAAGUAGGCAUUUAAACAAAACAAAAAGAAAGCUCAUAAAAAUGUAUCUUUAUCUUAAAAUCCUCAAACAUUUAUUGUCUACAAAAAUUUAUAAAGUGUAUCUUCAGUUUAGUACCUCUUAAAAAUACAACAUACUAACAAAUGACUCCAUAGUGACUAGCUGAAUGAGUUAUAUUUGAUAUUGAUUCUCAUAACUAGUGGUUUUAGUAAGCUGUGCAGUUAUUGAUUCCCAUGUAGUUUGAAAGCAUGUUAAUGUAAUUAUCAAUACUAUAUAAAAAAAUAAUUUAAUGGUCCUCAAAAACGAUUAUAGUGGGGAUUAUAUUACAGAAAGGAGCUGAUGGCCUGGUACAUAAAUCAAGCCUUAUUUAACUGUCAUCUAAAAAUGAGAAAAUACAAUAGGAUGUGUUUGUUUCAUUGCCAAUUAUAAGAAAACUGUAAUUGACUGUCAAUCACAUUCAAUUGUCUGUUAGAAAUUAUUCAAAUAUUAUUUUGUUUAACUAUUUAAUAAAAAACGAAUAAUUAAACAUUGUAAAGCCA